AUGAGUGAUAGUUCAGAUCAGCAACAACAACAACAGCAACAACAAUUAGAACAAUUAAAAUUAGAAACUUCACAACAACCAACAAAUGAUAAAUUAUGGACCGACCAAGGAAUUAAUGAAAACAUUGUACAAAAACUUCGUUUAUGUAUUGAAAACGGUAAAUUAACUUCAUCAGAUAUUGAUAGUCGUGUAUGUGAACAAUUACGUUCAUUUCCUACUGAUACAACAAGUAUUGAUUCUUUAUUUACUGAAUUUAAUAAUUCGGAUUUAACUGGUGUUGUUAAUAAAAGUGCUUUUUUAUGUAAUUUAAUUAAACAAUGGAAAAUUCGACAUCCACAAGAACAAAAAUCUUCAAAUAAUAAUUCACAAUCAACACAAGGCGCAGAUGAUCAUGAAAGUACAUCUGGUAAACAUAAACCAGGUCCAGAUGAAGCUAAACUUAAACAAAUUCUCGAUCGAACAGGAUAUAAAAUGGAUAUAACUGCUGGUCAACGUAAGUAUGGUGGUCCACCACCCGAUGGUCCUGAACGACCAGCUGCAAAUAGUGAAGUUUUUAUUGGUAAAAUUCCACGUGAAGUAUUUGAAGAUGAACUCAUUCCAAUAUGUGAAGAGGCUGGAAAAAUUUGGGAUUUACGUUUAAUGAUUGAUCCAGUAUCUGGCUUUAAUAAAGGUUAUUGUUUUGUUACAUUCUGUUCUUCAAAUGAUUCCGUUAAAGCAUGUGAACGACUUAAUGGUUAUGCUAUCCGUCCAGGAAAACUUUUAAAAGCAAAUGGUAGUGUUGCUAAUCUUCGUUUAUUUAUUGGUAAUAUACCAAAAACAAAGUCAAAAGAAGAAAUUCAUGAGGAACUAUCAAAAGUUGUUGAGGGUGUAACAAAUGUGAUUAUUUAUACACCGGCUGAUGAAGCUGAUAAGAAAAAAAAUCGUGGAUUUUGCUUUGUGGAUUUCGAUACACAUAAAAAUGCAUCUGUAGCAAAACGAAAAUUAGGAAAUGCUCGUGUUCGAGUAUUCAAUCGUGAUAUUGCUGUUGAUUGGGCUGAUCCCGAUGAAGAACCUGAUGAUGAUACAAUGUCACAAGUUAAAGUUUUAUAUGUACGAAAUUUAACAUCAGAUGUAUCAGAAAAUGAUGUAAAAGAUGUAUUUCUGCCCUAUGGUAAUAUUGAGCGUGUACGAAAAGUUCGAGAUUAUGCAUUUGUUCACUUUGAUAAACGUGAAGAUGCAUUAAAUGCAAUGCGUGCACUUAAUGGAAAAAGCCUUGGUCGUAAUAUAAUGGAAAUUAGUUUAGCUAAACCAUUGAGUGAUAAACGUAAACACGCUCAAUCUAAACGUGAACAACGAAAAACUUUUGAUCCACCAUUUAAUUCUCGUGAAGGUUUUGAUGAUAAUUUGUCGGAAGGAAAUAAUAGAGGACCAAUGUCAGGUGGUUUUGGAAAGAAUUCACAGCGUAAUGUUAUGAAUCUACCGGAUGAUUCAUUCAAUGUUAAUAAAUUUGGAGCUUUUGCUGGACAUAGUCCAACAGAUAGUGGCCCGAUGCGAGGAGGACCAUCAAAUCGUGGCGGUGGUGGUGGUCGAGGUAGUGGUCCAUCAGGUGGCAAUCGAGGUGGAUUCGGAAACAAUCGAGGUGGUGGAUUUAAUACAGGUAAUCGUGGUGGAGGUGGUAAUUUUAAUCAAAGUAAUCGUGGUGGUUUUAAUAAUAAUUUCCGUGGAGGUUUUGAUGGCCCAUCACAAUAUAAUAAUCCUGGUGGAUUCAAUAAUGGUCCGAAUAAUCAAGGUGAUUUCGGUGCCUUUAGUGGUCCACCACAAAAUAAUAAUAGUGCUCAAUAUGGUCGAAUGGGUAUGAAUAAUAGUGGUUUUGGUAUGAAUCCAAUGCAACAAAAUCGACAAUAUGGAGGUAUGAAACGACCUUCAAAUCAAAUGAACGAUGGUAUGACGUCUAAACGUGGUCGUCCUAAUACUGGAUCAUGGGGUUCGAUGGGUGGUGAUGGUAAUGAUGGUCCAAAUAAUAUGAACAAAGGUGGCUCACAACAAAAUGCUCGUGGUAAUUGGUAUCAAGAUCAAGGUUACAAUUCACAGCAACAGUCCAGUUAUAGCUGGAACUAA